ACCUGGAUCAAUCAAAGAAAAAAAAAUCAUUAAGAAAGCUGAUAGCAGGUAUGAGUAGCUUUUCAUCUUCUUUCUUUCUUUAUCAGCCCAUUUUCCUGUUAUCAGUAAAACUGAAGCUAAAAGGGUUGAUUGAUUGAUUCUCUUAAACUUCAAUUCAAUCCAUCAACAUAUAUAGAUAGAGUCCAUAAUUAUUCCAUCAAAAGGAUCCAACAUCAAGAGCAUUAAUAUGUUGGAUAAAACUGCUACUGUUUCUGCACUUCCAUUCUCCUCUGAUCUUCUCAGUCUCACUCCUCUUGAUAAUGGCAAAAGAAAAAGAAAGCCACCCGGUACCCCAGAUCCAGAAGCAGAAGUGGUUUCUUUAUCUCCGCAAACAUUGCUUGAAUCGGACAGGUAUGUAUGUGAGAUCUGCAACCAAGGGUUUCAACGAGACCAGAACCUUCAAAUGCAUAGGAGAAGGCACAAAGUGCCAUGGAAGUUGGUGAAAAGUGAAACACAAGAGGUGGUGAAGAAGAAGGUAUAUGUGUGCCCCGAGCCAAGUUGCUUGCACCACAACCCUUGCCAUGCCCUGGGAGAUCUGGUUGGGAUAAAGAAGCAUUUCAGAAGAAAGCAUAGCCUUAACAAACAGUGGGUUUGUGAUAAGUGCUUUAAAGGCUAUGCCGUUCAGUCUGAUUAUAAGGCUCAUCUCAAGACUUGUGGUACCAAAGGUCAUUCCUGUGACUGUGGCCGUGUUUUUUCCAGGGUGGAGAGUUUCAUUGAGCACCAAGAUAUUUGCAGUGUUAGAGGAAUUCAACAUCAAUUCCAGGCGUUGCAGUCUCGACUGACUUCAAGCACCACUCCGUCGAUCGAUGCAAACUUUAGCUUAUCCCCACCAUUGCCGAUACCAAAAUCAACUGGGACUCUUGAACUUCAGCUUCUACCAUCAUCAAGCACUCACUCGUGGUCAUGGAGGAACUCAGAUAGCGCGAGUCUUUUAAAACUAUCUAUAGGGUCAACUGAAGGUAAUGGGCGUGAAACAGCAAUGGAAGCGACUAGGUUGAAAGAGUUUGCAAGUGAGCAGCUGAAGUUAGCCAUGAGGGAGAAAACACAUGCUGAAAAGGCUAGGGAGGAAGCGAAAAGGGAGAUUGAGAUGGCAGAGCUUGAGUUUGCAAGUGCUAAGAGGAUAAAGCAACAAGCGGAAAAUGAACUUGAGAAAGCUCUAGUGUUGAAACAUCAAGCCACAAAGAAGAUAACUGCAACCAUCAUGCAGAUCACUUGUCAAGCUUGUAAGAAUCGAUUCAUAACAUCAAUGGCAGCGGUUCCUGCAGCUGAUGAAACCUCGCUUGCAAUGAGUUAUAUGUCGUCAGCCACAACAGAAGGGGAAGGAGAGUGAUUAUAUAAAUUUAUUCACGCCAUGGAAGAAAAAGGUUGUAAGUCAGCGCUUGAAUCUCUUCGUUUUUGGAUGUACAUGUUGAGCUUUUUCUUUGCUUUGCUUUGGCGGUAUUUGUAAACAGUUCCUGAAUUGAUUUAACGGAAAAAGGUAGAUGGUGCAAUUUAAUGGAAUGCAGUGAAAUGAUUCCCAUAUGACAAACAA